AUUGGAAAUAAUUUGUUAUGCAGGUUUUUGACCUCUCAGAUGUGAAGCCUCAUGAAUUCGUUCAGUAUGGAUUGGGUUGUCUAGAGUUAUUGGCUGAUCUUGGUGACAUUUGUGCGAAAGAGUGUCGUCAAAAGAUCAGGGUUAUGGUUGCGGGGGGUGAUGGUACAGUCGGUUGGGUAUUAGGUUGCCUAUCUGAACUAAACAGACAGGGUCGGGAACCAGUUCCUCCGGUAGGAAUUGUUCCACUUGGCACGGGAAACGAUCUGUCUAGGAGUUUUGGUUGGGGUGGUUCAUUCCCUUUUGCCUGGAAAUCAGCCAUUAAAAAAACUCUAUUCAGGGCUACUGCAGGUCCAAUAUGCCGUUUGGAUAGGUAAGCCUAUUAGGUAACAGUUUGUAUAUGUUUUCAAGUAGAAGGCUUGUAGAGUUAAGGCCUUUCUCUAAUCUUUUCUAAUGAAUGAUUGUGUAGCUAGCUACUUUAGAAGUUGCGUGCAGCUAAUAUACUGAAAUUUAGUAUGAUUCAGGUCCUUUUUUCCCCUAUAGGAGAUUCAGUACCUUUAUUCUUGCACUGUGAAUCUUUUUCCCUUUUUGAAAAAA